AUGGAGAGCCUGCACCUUGCCCUUGGACAAUACGAGCGCGGAGACUUAGAAGGCACUGGCGACUGUCUGCCGCAUGGUGCUUUGCUCUUCCGUCAUCAGGAACCUUCGCAGCGCCGCUGUGUUGGCCAUGCCAUCACCGAUUCCGAGGCACUGGAGGCGGAGAGAGGGAAUCGCACCCGUGCUGAAGAGCAGCUUACUCGCUGCGACGCAGCCAUGCGCCGUCUUCGCGAUGGCACUGCCCCCCCCCCAAAAAAAAAAGAGGUUCUAUUCCACGACCAACUCGCCGCGUUGCAGCAGCAGAAUGCAGCGCAGCUCGAGAGCUUAGAAGCGCGGGUGACAGCGGCCUAA